AUGGCUGCAGAUAAUACCUCCUCUGUGACAGAGUUUAUCCUUGCAGGCUUAACAAACCAACCAGAACUCCAGAUCCUCCUCUUCUUCCUGUUUCUAAGUUUUUACAUGGUCACUGUGGUAGGGAAUCUGAGUUUGAUAACCCUGAUUGGAUUGAAUUCUCACCUUCAUAUUCCCAUGUACUUUUUCCUCUUCAACUUGUCCUUCAUAGAUUUUAGUUUCUCUACUGCCAUCAUCCCCAAAAUGCUGACGAGUUUUGUCUCAAAAAAGAACAUCAUUUCCUAUGCAGGGUGCAUGACUCAGCUCUUUUUCUUUUGUUUUUUUGUCUUUUCCGAAUCGUUCAUUUUGUCAGCGAUGGCGUAUGACCGCUAUGUGGCCAUCUGUAAACCAUUGGUGUACACAGUUACCAUGUCUCCUCAGGUGUGUUUACUCCUUUUGUUGGGUGUCUAUGGCAUGGGGGUUUUUGGGGCUGUGGCCCAUACAGGAAAUAUAGUAUUUCUGACCUUUUGUGCUGACAACCUUAUCAAUCACUAUAUGUGUGACAUUCUUCCUCUCCUUGAACUUUCCUGCAAUAGCUCUUACAUAAAUGUAUUAGCAGUCUUUAUUGUUGUGACCAUUGGCAUUGGGGUGCCCAUUGGUGCCAUUUUUAUCUCUUACGGUUUCAUCCUUUCAAGCAUUUUCCACAUUAGCUCCACUAAAGGCAGAUCCAAAGCCUUUAGUACUUGCAGUUCCCACAUAAUUGCAGUUUCUCUUUUCUUUGGCUCAGGAGCAUUUAUGUACCUCAAACCACCUUCUAUCCUACCCCUUGACCAGGGGAAAGUAUCCUCCCUGUUCUAUACCAUUGUGGUGCCCAUGUUUAACCCAUUAAUCUAUAGCCUGAGGAAUAAGGAUGUUGUAUUUGCCCUAAAGAAAACCUUGGGCAGAAUAACCUUCUCUUGA